AAGACGGAGUGCCAUUUUCCACCGAAAAAAUAAACCAGCUGCUUACCCCUAGGAAAAAAAAAGCAGUUUCCUUCUGGAAUAUUCGAAUGUGCCAUAUCGCCUUUUAAAUCCUUUCCAUUUCCCCUUCCCAUUAUCUCUUCUGCUUUUACUCUUCAACCCACCAACCAUCAUCUCUCUCUCUCUCUCUCUCUCUCUAAAACCUCUCUGUCACUCUUAAACCUCCGCCAUGGCGAAAAUCAAGAUCGGAAUCAACGGAUUUGGAAGGAUCGGGAGACUGGUUGCGAGAGUUGCUCUCCAGAGAGAUGAUAUUGAGCUCGUGGCUGUCAACGAUCCGUUCAUCACCACCGACUACAUGACGUACAUGUUCAAGUAUGAUACAGUGCAUGGUCAAUGGAAGCACCAUGAGUUGAAGAUCAAGGACGAGAAAACACUUCUGUUUGGUGAACAGCAUGUUAAGGUCUAUGGAUGCAGAAACCCCGAGGAGAUCCCCUGGGCUGAAGCGGGUGCUGAUUAUGUUGUGGAGUCUACUGGUGUCUUCACUGACAAGGACAAAGCUGCUGCACACUUGAAGGCUGGUGCUAAGAAGGUUGUGAUAUCUGCUCCCAGCAAAGAUGCCCCAAUGUUUGUUAUGGGAGUGAAUGAGAGUGAAUACAAGCCGGAUAUUACCAUUGUUUCCAAUGCUAGUUGCACUACCAACUGUCUUGCUCCAUUGGCUAAGGUCAUUAAUGAUAAGUUUGGCAUUGUUGAGGGCCUCAUGACUACUGUCCACUCCAUCACUGGUUAGUUGUGGUACCUGCAUUGUGUGGU